UUUAAUAUGGUUCAUGCUUUAAAUCUAUUAUUUUUUUUAUUAAUACUUUUCGCAUAAGGUCUAAACCCUAAACAUAAAAUUGAAACCAACCACAAAACAAAUUGGGACGGCAAAUGCAAAAAGAGAGAGAUAAAGAAAUAGAUACAGGGAAUCAUCGUUCGCCGCCGGCGCUAUCAACGAAUUAGUCGCCGUCUUUUUGCCGACCGUCGCCGCCGUAGCCUUUGAAUAUUAUUCCCUCCAAUUGCCAUAGUGACAAAAUAUUUCUAUAAUUUUUUUCAAUAAAAAAAUUGGAAAAGACGUGGGCCGUACCGUUUAUGGAAAGGCACUAUCAUCAUCAUCCAGACAUUUACACAUAUGUAUAUCCGUAUCCAUACGCGCUUAUAUCUAUAGCCCCCCACUCUAUUAAUACUGAAGAGAGAGAAACUUGAAGUGUGUUAUAGAGAGAGAAAGAAUAAGUGGGGUGUUGGUGGUGGUGAAGUCAACCGUCAACAGGCGGUGGUGAAGAAGUCGUUAACGGUGUCGAUUUCUCCACGGAAGCACUGAAAACCCUCUGAUCAUAUGUAAAGAUCUCUCGCCCCUCUUUUUCCACCAACACCCUUUCAAUGGAAAUCAACCACCUCCCCUCUCCCACGUGUCAGCUUCUUAUUGGUCAGCCCCUGCUUCACCAUUCAACUGUAUAGGUUGUUUGUAGAUACAUUUGGCUUGUGUGGGUUUUUGUAAAGACUGGAUUUUUUUGAGUUUUUUACUGUGAAUAGUGAAUGAUGGAUCAAGAAUUGAGGGAAAUUAAACAAACAGGUGAUGUUUCGAGAAAUUCGGAGACUGCAAUUGCAAUAGAAGCAAAUGAAAUUGCCGAUUCGAAUUCGAAGACAAAAGGGUCUGCUCCGAAUAAGGCAGUUGUCGGAGAUGGAGAGGCGAAAACGGAGGGGGCGGAUGAUAAAUGUUCGUCGUGUGUAAUCGACGUGAGGUGCGAUGAAUUCGCGGAGGAAAAUCAGAGGGUUUGUAGGAUUUGCCAUUUGACUUCGAAGGAAAGUGGUAGUAAUUCGAUUGAGUUGAUUGAGCUCGGUUGUGGAUGCAAAGGCGAGCUUGGUGUUGCGCAUCAGAAUUGCGCCGAGGCUUGGUUUAGGAUGAGGGGGAAUAGAUUGUGUGAAAUAUGCGGUGAAACGGCAAAGAAUAUAACAGGCGUAAGUGAUCAUAACGGAUUCAUGGAAGAGUGGAACGAGAGUGUAUCGGGUGAUACUGCUGGCAAUACCACUUCUUCGCCCGAAAACCGAAGGUGCUUACGCGGGCAGCCGUUGUGUAACUUCUUGAUGGCUUGUUUGGUAAUAGCAUUCGUCCUCCCUUGGUUUUUCCGUGUAAAUAUGUUUUGACCAUUUAACCAAGAAUCCCUUUUCAUUACACAGUUCGAAUAUCGAAACCACCGUUUUUUUUCUUUUCGUUUAUGUUGGCUGAAUUAUUAGUUUUUUUUCUUUUUCGAGUGGUUGAAAAUGAGUGUUUGUGGUUUAUAUAUGUUGACAAUUGAUAUCCAUUGGAUGCCGAUGAUUUUUUUGUGAAGUUGGUUGACUUGGUGGUGAGUGUAGAAUCUUUGUUUUGACAUAUA